AUGGCGGCGCCCGUGGGGCCGGUGAAGUUCUGGAGGCCGGGCACAGAAGGUCCUGGUGUCAGUAUCUCAGAGGAGAGACAGAGUCCUGCUGAGAGUAGUGGUGUAAACAUCUUUUAUAAUCCUUAUGCUUCGCUUUCUAUUGAGCAACAAAGACAAAAGCUACCAGUUUUUAAGCUAAGAAAUCACAUACUUUACCUAGUAGAAAACUAUCAAACUCUGGUGAUUGUUGGGGAAACAGGAUGUGGGAAAUCAACCCAGAUUCCACAGUAUCUGGCAGAAGCUGGAUGGACGGCCGAAGGGAGAGUUGUUGGGGUGACGCAGCCUCGUCGAGUUGCUGCUGUUACAGUUGCAGGCCGAGUUGCUGAUGAAAGGGGCGCAGUGCUGGGCCAUGAGGUCGGAUAUUGCAUCCGCUUUGAUGACUGCACGGAUCCACGGGCUACAAGAAUUAAGUUUCUAACUGAUGGUAUGCUGGUGAGGGAGAUGAUGGCCGAUCCACUAUUAACGAAAUACAGUGUCCUCAUGCUGGAUGAAGCCCAUGAAAGGACUCUUUAUACAGAUAUUUCCAUUGGCUUAUUAAAAAAGAUUCAAAAGAAGCGUGGGGAUCUUCGGCUGAUUGUAGCUUCUGCCACCUUGGAUGCAGAGAAAUUCAGAGACUUCUUUAAUCAAAAUGAGACCAAUGACCCCAGCAAAGAUACCAGUGUGAUCCUUACUGUGGAGGGGAGAACGUUUCCAGUGGACAUCUUUUACAUACAGAGUCCUGUUCCAGAUUAUAUACAAUCAACUGUGGAAACUGUGAUGAAAAUUCACCAGGCAGAAAACGAUGGGGAUAUUCUAGUAUUUUUAACUGGCCAGGAGGAAGUGGAAACUGUUGUUUCUAUGCUAAUAGAACAGGCUCGGGCCCUGUCUCGCACUGGAAUGAAGAAGCACCUCCGUAUUCUCCCUAUGUAUGCUGGCCUGCCUUCUGUUGAGCAAAUGAAGGUGUUUGAGAGAGUUUCUCGCAGUGUCAGAAAGGUCAUCGUAGCCACCAACAUUGCUGAGACCUCUAUCACAGUGCAUGGAAUCACGUUCGUAAUUGACUGUGGUUUUGUGAAGCUUCGGGCCUACAAUCCAAAAACAGCCAUCGAGUGCCUUGUGGUGGUACCAGUAUCCAAAGCUUCAGCUAAUCAGAGAGCAGGACGUGCGGGCCGGAACCGUUCUGGAAAAUGUUACAGACUUUAUACAGAGGAAGACUUUGAGAAGUUGCCACAGUCUACUGUACCCGAGAUGCAGCGCAGUAACCUCGCUCCUGUCAUCUUGCAGCUGAAGGCUUUGGGAAUUGAUAACGUGCUCAGGUUCCCCUUUCUUUCGCCUCCUCCUGCACAGUCAAUGGUGCAAGCUUUAGAAUUGCUGUAUGCUUUAGGAGGUUUGGAUACACACUGCCGUUUAACAGAACCUCUUGGAAUGAGAAUAGCAGAGUUUCCUUUGAAUCCGAUGUUUGCAAAGAUGCUUCUGGAAUCAGGAAAUUUUGGCUGCUCCGAGGAGAUUUUGACUAUUGCUGCCAUGAUGCAGAUUCAGAACAUCUUUGUGGUCCCUCCAAAUCAAAAAUCACAAGCUGCCAGGCAGCACAGAAAGUUUGCUGUGGAAGAAGGUGAUCAUCUCACUAUGCUUAAUGUUUAUGAAGCCUUUGUCAAACACAGCAAGAGCUCUCAGUGGUGUCAGGAACACUUUCUAAACUACAAAGGACUUGUUAGAGCUUCUGUUGUAAGAGAACAGCUGAAAAAGCUACUUGUCCGCUUUAAAGUGCCAAACACAUCCAGUGAAGGUGAUCCAGAUACAAUUUUGAGGUGUAUCGUUUCUGGAUUCUUUGCUAAUGCAGCUAAAUUACAUUCUACUGGAGUUUACAGGACUAUACGUGAUGACCAUGAACUUCAUAUUCAUCCCACUUCAGUGCUGUAUGCAGAAAAACCUCCACGCUGGGUAAUCUACAAUGAAGUCAUUCAGACUGCCAAAUACUACAUGAGAGAUGUGACUGCCAUUGAGUCUGCGUGGCUCUUGGAACUGGCACCUCAUUUUUACCAGCAGGGAACGCAUCUUUCUUUGAAGGCAAAAAGGGCCAAAGUAGAUGACCACUGAUUUGACGUGACUUAAAUCUUGUGAAUCAGAUGCAGAACCUACCUGUGAUUUGAAGGUGCCUACAGUCCCUUCAGCAGUCAGUACAUCAGCAAUCCGACCAUGCAUCAACUUAAAUGUUUAAAUGCCUGUCAGCCAGGAUCUAUA